CACAAAAAUGCUCGUCUCCGCCGUAAUAAUGCAGUUCAGCCUCGCGUUCCUCGGGGUAGUCAUCGGCCUAGCACCUCCCGCCGUACCCCAAGACGACCAGAAGUUUCGCUCCUGGUACCCAUACUACCGUUAUGUUCUAGACUCGACUCUUGAGAAAAACUGUUCGACCGAGUACGCAGCGUACCUCGAAAAUCAAGCCGGCAUAUGCCAGUAUUAUUGCAACGCUACAUCCAUGGCCAGCGAACGCGUCAUUGAGUGCCUGCUAUCUUCCCUAGCAGACUGUGUCAAAUCCAACAUGCAGAGCGCCAGCGCGUUGCUGGGCAUAAUGCUGGUUGCGCUGCCCUUCUUCGGCACGGGUACCGAGGAGAGCGCCCUCCUCAUGGUCAUUGCGCAGCGGCCCCUGCUCACUCUCCUCCUGGUGACCGGUUCACCCGUCGCCUCCCCACUGCAGCCGUUCGAAUACAACAGACCCGUCGACAUUCUACACCGGCGCAAGGGGCGAUUUCGCAGCCUCGGCACCCCCCCGCGGCACGUUGUUCUCGCGGCCGAGUAUGCCACGGCACUGCUCGCCCUCGUCAACACACUACACGUUUCGUGGCAGCUCGGCCUCGGCGUCGUGACCAUGAUCUCGUCCGGUGCCAUAUACCUACCGAGCCUCUGGGUCGUUAUGGGCGUCGCUGCCCACCUCGUUGGGGCUCUAUGUCUGCGCUCCUUCAUCUGCGUGAAGGACAACUCGCCGGCAACGUCAUCGUCGUGCUCGGUUCUGCGCUCCGAGUUCACCAUAUCGUGCAAAAAGUACAUCACCGUACGCACCCCCAAGGAUGAAAAUAAGCUGUUUCUUGUUUUAUCCAUGCUCACGUCGGCAGCCACGACAUCGUAUACUAUUUUUGGCUUCCUUUGUUUUGCCAGUAUACAGUUCAUCUCUGUGUACGAUGCCUUGAUAGUGAUUGGCCGUUACACAGUCUCUGUCGUGGUCUGUCGGUUUAUAGCCUUGUAUGAGCUGUCUGGUCUGGCCAACGUCGUGGAAGACGGUGACAAUGACAAGUGAGGAAGGAGAUGAUGUGAAGAGGCUAGAAGAUUCUCGUCUCUAUGGGCACUUCGUCAUCAAUGAAGUUGUUGUAUUCGCGCAUGAGCAGAAGUUAUGCGGAGAGAGCAGCCCGGAUGGGUCAACCCAACGCCCGCAAGCGGGUGAUGUAUCGGUGUGAUAUGUGAUUUUUAGUGUGUUGCGCGGAGAGGGU